AUGUACAAGGCCGUCAUCCUGUCGACGCUACUGCAUGGAGCGGAGACUUGGACGGUGCACACAAAGCAGGCACGCCGUCUGAACCACUUCUACCUCAGUUGUCUUCGUCGCAUCCUGAGGCUGUACUGGCAGGACCGAAUUCCCGACACUUAUGUGCUCGAGCGGACGGGAAUCGUCAGCAUCUACGCCAUACUGAGGCAAAUGCAACUGCGUUGGAGCGGCCACCUGGUGCGCAUGGACGACGAGCGACUACCCAAACGACUCUUCUACGGAGACGUCGCGACGGGUUCUCGCCGCCAAGGAGGCCAAAUUCGCCGAUACAAGGAUACGCUGAAGUCCUCCCUGAAGCGUCUGCAAAUAAACCCGACCACCUGGGAAGAACUCGUCCGCGAUAGGCCGACCUGGAGGAGGACAGUGAAGACAGGCGCUGCAAUCUUCGAAACCAACCGCAUCGCUGCCGCCAAAGCGAAACGUGAAGCCCGCAAAUCACAGCUGCGCCCAGUACGCAACGCCGACGCACAACCGCCUCUAACGUGUCCUCGAUGCCAACGGAUAUUCCGGGCACGAAUUUGACUCAUUGGACACCUUCGGAUCAUAUGCACCUCUCGGACCGCACCCACCGUCGCCCCUCCGCCAGCCUCUCCCCCGUCCACUCCGUCGCCAACUAACUCUGACUCUUCUUCCGAGCCACCAAUUCCAUCCUUAUCCCCCUCCUCCUCCACUGCCCCAACGACGGCUGCUCAGGCGACUGUCACGCACGACAACACCCCACACAUUCCCGACAAGACUACAAACACCACGCCUACAACCUCCGGCACCAGAGGUGAGGGCCAGGGCUACACCUGUCCUCACUGCGACCGCACCUUCACCUCACGCAUCGGCCUGGUCGGUCACUUGCGAAUCCAUCGCACAGAGACUGGCGAACCAGUGCCUGGAGCAGCAACCUACACCCACCAGUCUCGCCUCCACUGCCCACACUGCCUAUUCGGCCACAUGCGCAUCCACGAGAGCGGAACUGACCGCCGCCCCGACUCACUCAUCCCGCCAAACCCCACCCCCCUUCAUCACCCUGUGAGCCCACCACCGUCAUCACAGCUGACACCAGCACCACCGACUUCACGGACCCACACUUUCCACGCACAUUCACCUCUCGCAUCGGCCUGGUCGGCCACUUGCGUCUCCAUCGCACAGAGACUGGCAAACCAGUGCCUGGAGCACCAACCUAUACCCACCAAGCUCGCCUUCACUGCCGACAUUGCUCUCGCACUUUUAGGCAUCACAUGGGCCUAUUCGGGCACAUGCGCAUCCACGAGAGCGGAAUUGAACGCAGUCCCGAAACAGCCACCACAUCCAACACAACCACUAUGCCCAGCCCCAACCUCGCUCCAUUGCCCUGUGCCCCAUCACCACCACCUUCUCCGUAGCCAACACCGACACCAUCGAAUUCUCAUGCCCACACUGUCUACGCGUAUACACAUUUCGCAUCGGCCUGGACGGUCGCUUGCGAAUCCAUCGCACUGAGACUGGCGAUCCAGUGCCUGGAGCACCCACCUACACCCACCGCACUCGCCUCUACUGCCCACACUGUCCUUGCACUUUCAGGCACCGCAUGGGCCUAUUCGGCCACAUGCGCAUCCACGACGACCUGCGGUGGACAACCGCCGGUUGCAUCGCACCAUCACACCCACCCUCCCUGCCUCACCACCACCAACACCACCCCACCACACAUCAACGCUCAACCACCGCAAGCAUCCAACUGCCACCUCCCACGCAAGUGGCAAGUGUGCACCUCGACUCGGUCUCCAUGCAGCUUCGGCUGCACAGGUGACUUGAGUCCGAGACUAUUCCGACACGUCAACCGUCCUGGAUAGGAAGGUUGCUGAUUGACGCCCCCUCCCCUCAGGCCACGCAGUUCGUCCAAUUGUGUGUGUUGUGUGGAGUGGCGGACUAGUGGGCUGGGGACGGGCUGAAACAGCACCUUCCACGGCUCUCUCACGCAAGUGAGAGACACGCCGUUCAACCCGCGUUGUGUGAAAUCUUGGUGUUUGUGUGUAUGGGGGGCCAGGUCGUGCACGUGGCGCGCGCAGUCAUGGUUAGUCGACCAUGUCAGUCACCGCGCCUAUUUCCCACUGCGGUCUGCUGAUCGGCUCGGACAGCGGCUGGGGUGUGGGAAUGGAAAUGGAGAGUGAGGUCGACGACUCAACGCACUUUCCUCACUAUAAACAAUCGGACGCGCUUGAAGCUAUCACGGUGCGCUAAAAGCCGUGGCUUGGAUGGUUGCCAACUGACGGGAUAACUUGGACCUCCUCCUUCACUGGUGGUGGUCUGAGAAUCAGGCUGCAAUGGCUACCUAUUAAUGUGGCCUUUAUGGCACCCCCACCACAGUGUGAGAUCCGAGCCAGGCGUUGGCGGCACGCCUAGGUGCGGCUUUGGCCGUGCCAGCCUCCAUUCUCUGUUGUGUUGGUGAAAAUCCUGGUCAUUUGUUGUGUGGGCCAGGGGAUGUGAUGGAAUGCCAAGGUGAGGAUCCGUCCGAGCCAUCCACCUGCGGCCUCCCCCGUUUCCGGUCUUCUUGACUUUGUCUUGACAACGGGCCCAGGCGGGGGAGGAGAAAAGAGGGUAGGUAGAUGCUACGCAAGUCUCCUGGCACUAUAAACCCCUGCGCAAGUCGCCGUCCCUGCUCCCACCGCUUCUGCUGUGGGGCACACGGUGGCCCUCAUCGAAAUCGAUGGUCGAACUGUCAUCAGUAACUUGUUGAAAAAAUUUAGAUCACUAUUUGAAAAAAUACUGUGCCAAUCAAGAGUGCUUGUAAAAUUAUUUACUAAUUCCUUGUUAAUGCUAAGCUGUACUUCUUGGCUUUACGGAAGUGGUAACUGGAAGGCGACAAGGAAUUAAUGUAUGAUCACUUGAAAAAGUUCAUGAUGGAAGUCCAUAGAUAGAGGGAAGGUGCCAUUAGCAAAAAGUAAAUGUAAUACACUAUCGUUUCUGGUCGAAGAGUGGACUAAUUGAGAUAUCUUUGAAAAGUGAAUGGCGUUUAGAAGCUUGUGGAAUUUAGGGAAGGAAGUGUGUGCCAGUCAAUUUCUGGCAAAUUAAAAUCGCCUACGGUGAUCUUGACAUCGAAAGAAGUCUCUGCAACUUUUUCAAAGAGCUCACAGUGUUGGCUUUCAUUUCCGGAGUAACAAGCAAGAUUAUAUGCACAUUCGACUGAGGCUUUCCUAUUUUGCGAAAGGAUUACCGAAACGAAAUAAAAAUUUCCGGAGAAGGAGGAAGUGUUCAGGUCAUAAGGCGACUGUGCAAGUGAGGCUCUGAUGUAAAGAAGGCAACCACCGCCGCGUCUUUCGACACGAUCUUGGUAAUAUCAACUAAGGCUAUCAAUAUUGAGUGCUGAGUCCAAAAUUAGAAAAUGAGCCUAAGACUCAGUAUUGAACAAUACGCUUGGGUCAAACUCAACAGCCACACUUCUUAGCUGUGCCAUCUUUUGCACGACUGAUCUUGCGUUGAGAGAGACAAUACUGAGCAUAUCCCUUAUAUCUAGGUUCCGCUCGUUGCUACUUAUAAAAAAGGGAGAGCUGAUGUUGGAAAAUUAAGCUGCUGGGAUAAAGCAUUGGUAGAAGACAGAGUUGCCGUGGUCAAAAUUUUUUUGACGAAUUUCCACUAACUGGAGAUGCAGCAUUGUAUGGAAAAAACAUUUGACCAGGACCGGGGAAGAGGAAUGUUGUUUUGCUGGUUCGGAAAAGUAGACGGCAUAAAAUAGGAUUUUGUGAAUUUUGAGUGAAAUAUGAGGGGUAGUUUAUGUUAGAUAACAGACUAAAUGAUUUCGAGAAACAGCUUACAUUAGGAGAAGGCCUUAUUAUUUGGGGUGUCAGACUAACAAUGGGAUUGGAAAAAUUAUCAGCAACGCUAUAUACUUGCAUUUUGCAGGCUAGUGUGCAAGUGGGCUUCACAACUGGGGUGUUUACGUUAAGUUAAGAAUUCGAGGUUGGUAAAGGUCUCCCUGAACUAUCAUCUGGCUUAUUUGACCUAAUCAUUAGGUCAGACCUGAACGGCCAGGUCCCGGGAACGGGGUAGAUUCAAUCCAGGUUUAUUAACUAAUUCAUUAUUCUGAGUGCUGGAGGUCGGUUUAGCUUCUGGGAUUGGCUUAUCUGUACUGUUAAGAUCGAGCGCCCUAGUAAAUUUGGGAGCAGCAUUUCAGCAUUCCUUGUCUGUUGGGCUUUUUGAAGUGGCGGGUUUCAACUGACUCAGUGAUUAUGUGCUCAAAUGAAGAGCUAGAUGGAACUGGGACCGCUACAGAUAGGGGGAAGAUUUGGUUGACGCCUGAUGGAGAAUCUGCUUUAAAAGGAAACGGCAGAUGAGGAAAGUUCUGGUGUGGCUUUACGUUCAUUUAUGGGGGGGGGGGGGAGAGGGAACGCUUUGUUACAGUGGAGUUUUAUCCCGACUAAUAAAAAGUUUAUUUUCCCUAAGGUAUUCAGCUGAGCGCUCCCAAUGGGAGAAAAUAAAGUCCACUUAUAUCGGCAAAAAUAUUUUGACAAGAAUUGGUGGAUUUUUGCUCCUAGAUGAAAGUCUUUUAGCUCCAGCGACCCUAAAGUUGAAGCCGCACGAAUUAAGAAAGUGGAAAGCGAAAUUGAUUGGCUGUCUUCUCUUAGGAACGUUUUUUAAAAUAAAGUUGAAACUUCGGUUGUGCCUGUCUUCGAUCUCACUAGCAACUAGGCCAGUGAAAGGCAUGAGCUUCUCACAUUGUUGAGACGCAAGUGUUGGCAACUUUCCUUCAAGAAGGGCACCAAGAACAGAAAAAAUUGAUCCAUAACGAGACAUAAAAUUGUUAAAAUUAUCCAGCGCUCCUAGGUCUAUUUUUUCAUAUGUACAAUGGGUUUUAAAUGGAGUUUAGUUUCCUUCAGAUGAGGACGAAUGGUUUCCUGAGGUUUCAUGUCGAAAAAGCAAAACAAGACUUUAGUUCAAAAGUUCCUAGUGAUGAUAGCUGCUGAAAGUACGAGGCUAUAAGGAUGAGGCAAUGUAUGAUGAAACAAUUUAUGAAAGCUAUCAAUAUUGGUGGACAAGACAGUACAAUUGAUACUAAGCAAUUUUUAUUCAUUACCAGAAUGCAAACUUGAAAAACAAACGGGUAAAUGACAACUUCGUAGGUGGCAAAAAAAAUGUGAGUAAGUUUGUAUUGGAUAAUGAGGAUAUGUAGGAUAAGUUAGAGGACAGUAAAGUUCAGUUCAGUUCAGUUUGUUGAGGGAAAUAUGCGUAAGUCUUUGAGUUCCCCAUUUGCAACGUAAAAAAUGUGUGUUAUACAGAUAAAUGUUCCGGGCUGAAAUAAUUAAAACACGCCCAUAGUGGUAGGACAAAAUGAGAACGAGUUACAGGGGGGUUAACUCUACUUCUAAUUGCUCUUGGUCCUUUCGGAACAUAAAUAUGUCAAGAUUCUUUUUAAAACUUUGUAUAGAUGGUGACAUCACAACAUCUGCGGGAAGAGCAUUCCAUGGUUUGGCCAGUCGAGCAGAGGAGGAGAACUUCCGCGCAUCCAGCAAUGCCUGCUGAGUUCGCAGUUUUAACGGUUGACCUCGGGGGUUGGCCGUAGUAGCAAAUUCAAAAAAGUCCUCGAAGUCCAGACUGCAAUCCAACCCCUUAACAAUGCGAAAGGCUUGCAAGAGAUCCCCGCGCAGUUGCCUGUAACUCAAAGGAAAGAGGUUUAGAUUUACAAGGCGGGUUGCAUAAGGAAAGGAGCUUUGACCCCUAACCAUCUUCGUGGCUCUCAUAUGGACUCUUUCGAGGCAGUUUUGAUCCUCAAUCGCCCACUGUCUCCAGGCUUGUAUGUCGUACUCCAAAUGCGGCCGGAUGAAUGCUCCGAAUGUCUGUGAGAAAGCGUCUUCGUCAAAGUCCAUAAACGCACGCUUGUUGGAGUACAGUACGGACAUUGCGCUUUUUGCCACCCUCGAACAAUGGGCGGACUGCUUUAGGGAACUCGUCGUCAGCACACCGAGGUCCUUUUGGGUUUUGACCUCUUGCAGGGCUGCACCGCCCAGAAAGUAGCCUCUUGUGCUGGCGGAUCUGGCUGUGUUGCCUAGGCGAGAUACGUUACAUUUGCCAACGUCGAACUGCAGGAGCCAACGGUUUGACCACUCCUCCAACCGAUUCAGGCUCAUCUACAGUCUGUCUUCGUCGGCAGGACCCCGAAUUACACAACAUAUCUUCAUGUCAUCGGCAAAAAAUGUUACUUCGCAGUCUAAAGCUCUUGCAGCAUCGUCCACGUAGAUAAGGAACAAAAUGGGUCCCAGUACUGCACCCUGGGGGACACCCCUGUCGACCAUAGCAGGAUCUGAUUUUCCUUGACCGAUGUACACAACCUGGUGUCGACCCAAAAGGAAGUUUUCGAUCCAUUUAAGGAAGUUGCCACUGAUCCCUAUUUUUAAGUAUAUGUAAGAGCCUCUGGUGUAGCACAGUGUCUAACGCCUUCUGGAAGUCGAUGAAGGCUGUGUGGACCGCGUGCCUGUCGUCGAGAGCUCGGGUUCAGCUCUGUAGAGAUUGAAGCACGUUUGUCGUGCAGGAUCUUCCCUUCCGGAACUCAUGCUUGCAUUUCGAUAGCUGGCCGUGAGCUUCCAUGAAUUGCAUCAGUUUACUCUUUAUGAUCUUUUCCAUAACGUUGCAGAGAGUGCAUGUCAAGCUUAUGGACCUGUGAUUUUUCGUCGCUGCCCUGCUACCUCCUUUGUAUAGCGAAGUAAUAUGCGCCAGUUUCCAAUCGAAAGGAAGUUUUCCAGUGUCAAAUGACGUUUGAAAGAGCAUCGGCAAAGGCACAAAAAGCUCACUGGCAAGUUCCUUGAGAGGCUUGGGUGGAAUCUCAUCUGGUCCUGGCGACUUUGAUUCGUUCAAUGCCUCUAAUUCUCUUCGAACAAUGCAUUCUGAGAAGAGCAUAUCACUGACGCCUGGGGUCGGCAGUUCUUCUGUGGAGGUAGGAAGGAACCUUGCCUCGUUUGUGUAGACUGAUUGGAAAAACUGUGGAAAAUACGCAGCUUUAUCCCUGCUAUCAGCAACCUCAACGCCAUCAGUAGACCUUAUGAAGGGGAUUUGAUGCCUGUCCCUUGUACUUCGUCGAAGGUAACUGUGGAGUAAUUUUUGGUUCUGCGUUUUUUUUGCAGCAAGUUCUUCUCGAAUUCUCUUCGCGUCUUUAUGAUCAGGUUUCUCAGUUUGUUCGUCUGUGACUUGUAGGUGUUGAAAUAUUCAACUUGCCUUGUGACGCGCUAUUUUUUCCACAAUUUGUGCUUCCAGUUGAUUUCUUUCUUAAGUUUGCUAUUAAGCCACCCAGGGCGUUUGUUCAGUCUUACACUAGUCAGUGGGCAGUGAUUUUUGAUGAGCUGCAAAGGGAUAUUCUUGAACAGCUCCCAGUCAUCGUUGGCAUUUUCCGUAAAAAAUGUGCUUCAGUCGAGACCGGAUAAGUCUGCCCUCAUCUGAUUGAAGUCGCCUCGCCAAACAUUGCGUCCUUUUUGGUCUGGAGUAUGUGAAAUGGAGAAUAACGAAUAAUCCCACAUAAGCACUACAUGAUCACUUCUGCCAAGGGGCGGCAUGGAGAUGAUCUUGUCUAUGCUGUCUGAUGGUUUCGUAAAAACCAGAUCCAGGCAGUUUGUCCUUUUUCCUUCACGUGUUCUCGUUGGGAACAUUACAUGUUGUGUUAGGGACGCCUUUACUGUUUUGUUCAGUAGACGGUAAUCGAAUAAAGAUUUUGGACCUGACGCUUGGAGGGUGUUCCAGUUUGCUCCUGGUGCGUUGAAGUCGCCCAUGAUAAUGAUGUUAGGUCGACUGGAAAAUUUAUCCAAGUGCUGCAAUAGCUGACUGUCGGUGAUUUGGUCUGUCCUAGGUGUUCGGUAGACAGUGAGGACAUCGAGACACGGGGAACCGGUAGCUUUGAUGGUCAACCAAAUAGCUUCCGUGGCGCACGAAAACUUGGUGGUGUUUUUCGACACUGCCAGGCCCUCAUUUUGCAUACACAACUAUACUACCACCCUGACGAUGUUCCCUAUUCCUCGGAUAAAUUUGGUAUCCAGGAAUGGCUACUUCGCUAUCGCUGAUACUCCCGGACAGCCAGCUCUCGGUUACUGCGAAAACAUCUGAAGACAGCUCGGCAAGGCAAAAUUUUAGUUCGUCUAGUGUCGAUAUGAGGCUUUGGGCAUUCGUGUGGAAGCACCUCAGUUUUGCAACUGCCGAAAUUCCCGUUGACUUUGUCGCUGUUUUCAGCAUUACUCCGUUAUCUCGGACGCCAUUUGCUCUGGGAUCUUCCAUUUUCUGAUGGGUUCCAUUAAUAUCCAUUGCUUCAGACAGAUCACUGGACGUUACGGGCUUACUUGUGCUGUCGCCUUGAGCAGGUGGUUCCACGAAGGUGUUUGUGUUAGCUGAGCAGCUGCCCUCGUUCUUAGUAUUACUGGCUGCUUCCACUGAAACGGCAUAUAUUUCCGUACUACCUUCCCCUUGAAGACAGCCAGAUUGUGUUCGCCCUCCGUCAGUCUUAAUUUUAACCCCAAGACGAGUUCCCAACGUUUCAGCCGUUCCGCUGGUGAAUAGUCCAGUUGAAAAAAAAGCCUGUUUGUAUGUGUUUCUGAGGACGGUUUUUUGGAGAGGAUCAACUUGAUUUGCUCUUUGUUCCCCAGCAUAAUAUUGAGAGGGCGAGGUGGUAGUGCUGCUGUCCUGUCUUCACUCCUUUUCCUAUCCGGAAUGCCUCCAGAACCUUUAUUUCCAUGUCUGCCUGGAGUAACCGAUUUAGUAGACCAUUGAAAGAAGCCAGGCCCUCAGAGACACGGUCUUCAGGUCUGACUGCAUUCGAUUUCGACAAACCCUGAAUAACCAGACACUGCUGGCGAUCAUGGUUCUCCUUAAUUUGUCUUUCCGGUGAAUUCGCUGCAUGUGGGCGAAGACAAUUUACGGAGUCGUCGCUUGGACGCACACUUUUGCUGUCUACCAACUGUCCCAAGCUACCCAUCAGGGCUGGUUGUGACUUCAGACUCCUGUCAUGACGUUUCCCUCUCCCCUCUACCACGGGUUCAUGUCUUCGCACUCAGAUACGUGCUCUGUAGUGCGCUCGGGGUGGUUGAAAGAACAAGAGGGCAACAGUAGACUGGAUGAAUCAGGUAUAUCGUCUCCAGGAAAAAGGGAAAUCCCGUCACUUACAGCGAGAGGCUUAGGCGAGAUGGCUUCCGCGCCAGGUAAUUUUUUUGUUACAUCGCUUAAGACAUCUCAGGAUCAUCUCAGGGAUGAAAAAAACGCGAUGGUAGGAGUCUGAAGUCAUAGCUAGCUCGGCAGACUUAUCAGACACCAAAAGUUUGACUUCAAGCUAGGACUCCGUAAAUCGACUUCGUUCUCAUAGAAAGAACUCAACGAAAAGACAAAAUUAAGAGUACCGGGACCGCCAACUGUAUCUGGUUAUUCAGGACUUGUCUGAAUCGAAUGUAGUCAGGUCCGAAGACAGUAUCUCGGAGGAUCUUGCCUCUUUUCAUGGUCUACUGAACCAAGCUCUCCAGGCAGACAUGGAAACAAAAGUCCUGAAAGUACCCUGGAUCGGAAAAAGGAGUAAAGACAGGACAGUAACACUACCACCUCGUGGUCUCAAACUUAUGCUGGAGAACAAAGGAUAAAUUAAGUUUAUCCUUUCCAAAUGCCAACCUCAGAAGCUCACGUAAACAGGUUUCUUCGACCGGACUACUUCUCAGCCGAACAACCGAGACGCCGGGAACUUGACCCGAAAUUAAAAGUGAGUCUGACAGGUCCUAAACACAACCUGACUAUUUUCAAUGGAAACGUAUUUCGCAAAAGUAUGCUGUUUCAGUAGAACCUGCCAGUAAUACUAAGAACGACGGCAGCUACUCAACUAACUCAGACACUUUUGUGGAACCGGUCGACAAAGCGGUGGCACAAAGAAGCCCUUAAUACCCAGCGUUCUGACCAAAGCAAGGCACGUUAGUGAAACCCAUCAAUUAUCGGAAAAGGUCAGCGAAAAUGAUGUCUGCGACAACGCAGUAAUGUCCACAACAGUGACAAUGCCGCCGGAAAUUUGUCAGGCUCAAAAUUGUGGUGCCUAUAUACCAUAUCCAAAGCAUCAUAUCGAAAUUUGACGAGCUAAAUGUUUGACUGCCGAACGGUGUUCGGAUGUUUUAGCAGCGACCGAAACCUGGCUGACCGGGAAUCUUAGCGAGAGCGAAAUAGCCUUAACUGGAUACCGAAUAUUUCGGGGGGACAGAGAAGAUCAUCAGGGUGGAGGCAUAAUUGUGUAUGCGAAAGAAGACCUGUCAGUGUCGAGAAAUAACGCCAAGUUUGCCUACAGCAUGGCAGUAUUUGGUUGAGCAUCAAGGCUACUGGUCUCUUAUGUCUCGAUGUUCUCACUGUCUACUGAUCACCUAGGACGGACCAAAUCGUCGACACUGAUCUUUUGGAGCAGUUGGGGAAAUUCUACAGUCGACCUAGCAUCAUGAACAUGGGCGACUUCAACACACGAGGAAGUAACUGGAAUGCUCCUCGCGCGUCAGUUCAAAAAUUGACAUUUGACUACCAUUUGCUGCACAAAACUUCAAAGGCGCUCCCUACACAUCAUGUUAUGUGUCCUACGAGAACACGGGAAGGAUAAAAAGCUGUCUGCACAGAUCUGGUCUUUGCAAAACCUAAGACAACAUAGGCGAGGUUAUCUCCAUGUCGCCCUUGGCCGAAGGGACCAUGUAGCGCUUAUUUGUGAUAAUUCGUUAUCUUAAUUUUGCAUACUCCAGGCCAAAAGUAGGCAACAUCUGGCGGGCGACUUCAAUCAGAUAAGGACAGAUUUAUCCGGUCUCGACUGAAGCUGAACGUUUACGGAAAAUGCCAAUGAUGACUAGGAAAUGUUCGAGAAUAUCUUUCUGCAGCUCAUCAACGACCACUACCCAAUGACGAGUUCGAGACAGAAUAAGCGGCCUGGGUAACUAAAUAGCAACCUAAGACAGAAAUUAUCACAAAGCAUAAAUUGUGAUGAAAGUACGGGUGACGACUGGAUGUCACCUACGCCUCGCAAAAGUUGCUGUAAUGUGGAGGGAAAGACCGGAAUUACAGUUGGAUCACGUGAUUAGCCCCGCAUUGUCAUGAGGGGGGCCGAUAACAACAGUGACCCUAUUCCCUCUCUGUACUCCCACUUCCACUCGCAUGGCUGAAUACCCUCCCGUGCAGACUUGACGAGGCUUCGCAAGCCUGAACCCUCUCAUUUAAUAAUUUCCGCCUCAUUUCCAUGCCCACCGGCAUGUGAGCUCAAGGCUCCGCGGUUUCAUUUACCUAUCACCUUUCAUCCUUCUAGGUCGUUUACUAAUUGAGUAGUUUAUCCAUAUAAUGUGCAAUGACCGUAUACAGUUAGGUGAGAGGUCGCGAAGCUUUACGAAGUCAGUGGAUUCAGCAUGCUUAUUCGCCCUGGCUUUAUUCAAAAUCGGCUCUGUUCAGGGGUGCAAAGUGCAUCUCAAAUACCCGUGAAUCAAGGCUUCGAUUUCUCUUCCUACACGUAUUUUGCGUGCUCUUGUAGCUACCCCUAAUCCAACAUAGCCAUAAUCUCUCGAAAAAUAUGUCAUUUAAACUAGGAAUUUAAUCACUCAGCCUUAAAACAUUCUAUGAAUCAUAGUCUCGCAUUAGAUUGGUCUAACUACAUAGGCCUUGUUCUACUACACUGUUGUUAUUGCUGAUUGUUCGGUUCUGCCGCAUGUUCCAAGUUUGCAGGUGACUGUGGAUCUGGUUCGGCUGUCCGAACUUCCGAACGAUGCCCUAUUUAGCUGUUCUUUACUCGUUAGUUCUGUAGCCUUUUUCUGUAUCUAUUUUAAAUAUCCAGUGACCUUUUCUGCCUGCCCUGAUGGUAGUUUUUGAGCGUAUUCAUGGCAGAAAAAGCUGGAACAUUAGCUGAGAUAUUUACGCAAAAAAAGACUCCAGAGGUUGCCAGUCCAUGUCGUGGCUGGGAUUAUUAUAUGACUGAAAAGAGUCGAAAUACGGAGCUGGCAGCUUGCCCGUGCGCGCAUACACGAAAGCAUCAAGGUGUUCUCGCCACGGUCUGCCAGUUAGUGUUCUUGUAAAUUACUGUUAUAACCGUGUGUCAUUUCCGGCUUCGGUUGUUCGGGCGUCGGACGUACUUUGGUUUGACAGCAAACACCAUCUACCUAAGUAUUCGAUUGCUUGUGUUUUUGUUUGUGUGUAACUGCCUAAAUGUUUCUAAGAGGAUCAAAAAUAUCUUUCGGGAGGUGUUUCGCACUUACCAUGUACGAUAAGGUGAGAUUGCAGGCCGUCCAUCCGUAUACAUCGUUACCCAAUCUUAAAGUGUUCAUGAAAGACAGGUCUUUAUAUCUACGAACACUUUCAGGAAGUACGAUUGCUUAUAGGGCUUAAUGCAUGUGAGGCACGUCUGCGCAGCGAAAUGUUGCAAUAGCAGGUGACGGACGACGUAGAAGGUUUGUAAGUUUUUUACUUAACGAGCACCACAUGCUACUUUAAUUGCCAGAGUGGACGGCAGUGCCUAUUCAUAGAAAGAUGCACCAGUAAUAAAGGCGCACAAUCAAACACGGAACGGUUACAUUGGUUAGUGGGUACGCUGAAUGGGAAAGGGUUAAGUAUUGUAGGAGUAGCGAAGCCUGCCAGCUGGUGGAAAUGACCCUCAACAUCCUUGGGAGCUUGACAACAUGUUAAAUCCGAUUAGAUCUAUGCCUUUAUCCCUAUUUAUCAAGACAAACGUUGGGAUUUUAAACCCGUCUCUCGAGUUUGCUGCAGGUUGAUAACUAUACUGGCAGAAACGUUCGAGGGAGUGGCCUCAAGUUGACUUGUCAGUAAGAGACCUAAUUAGCGAGCUGAGUGCCACAUGACCCAUUAGAAGCCAUCGUACGUUUCAAGUUAUUUUCGAGCGUUACUGCAGUAGACGUGCUACCUUGUGAGAUGUUAAUCGAAAUUCUGAAAUUUGUUUUCGAUUCGAAAAGACUGCUUAAGUAGGGUUGUAACAUAAAUUAUCCUGCGACUUAAUACCAAGGUAACCCAGUCACGUCAAGAUACAGACUUUCGAACGAGCUCUCUAUUGACUGCUUGCAUAAACUACAUUCCGUGAGAAACGACUACUUAAGUAGCAUGAAUUUUUCCCUUUGAUUUACUAUGUCCUUAUAAAUUCUAAUAUACCUCAUAGAAAACAAACACAAAGAUACUCUAUCUUUUACCCAUUUGGUGGCAAAUGACGUAUUGUGCAAAUUUCAUCCUUCGUUAAUUCUUUAGUGGUCUUUACUUCAGCUGCGGAGGUCGUUCUACGUGGACUGUGGGAUAUGGUAGGGGAUACAACGCGCUGUCAGAUUAGGUUCAUGGAAUCUUCUGUAGUCUUACUUUUUCAGUGUACCGACUAAAUCCACUAGACGUGCGUAUCCUGUGUCGUAGCCGGAUUCGUGCUGAUGCAUUUCAAUCAGGUCGUCCCCCACCCGUUGAGACGACGGGUUGCUGACGGGUGAGAGCCCAGGACUUAACCCUGUCCUUUCUGUUCACUUUCGUCCUUGACAAAUUGGCGACGAGGUCUACCAGUCGACUACCGGAUAAUAGGUUCGAUGAGGAAGGGAAACUAUUCAAAAGGAACGUGUGAUUGAGGAAUUAGACUACUACUCAAGCACGUCCUUCACGUUUAAUGGCAAUGUUUGUGAGCAAAUCUAGGGAACCUCAAUAAGAUUUCGGAUCACUGGUCACCUCUUUGAGGCUGUUUUGCAGAGAAAGCUAAAUUUCUGAGUGUGCUACGCAGGUGACGCUUCUGUCAUCUUACGCUGAGACUUUAAAGAGACCUUAAUGGCUACAUUCGUUAGGUCCCAAUAUUUUCCCACCUUAUGUACCUAUCGACAUCUCAGGUCUUACCUACUUCUUCGGCGACUCCAUCGAAGCGCAACUCAGGUUGCCAGAUGCUUCUUAAUGCCACCGUCGUCUCCUAAAAUGCGCCGGACUUCUUCAAACUCUUUGAUCAACGUGUUUUUGAUCUUUUUACUCGUUCAUUUUCGGUUUGCGAGGUAUUACCUUCCAAAAAUAGGUCUCUACGUUUGUCCUAUCUUUUUCCACAGGCAAAAUGCUUCGUAGCUUACACAGAUGCUACUUUGAGGAGCACACUUUCGUGGCCGCUACCCACACGCAUGAGUCCAUCCUUGCAGCUUCCAAUGACAACUUUGUCCACCUUGAUAUUCAAACGCUGCAUCCGUCCGUUCACAAACGUUCUACCUCUGAAGGGCUCGUUGGCGUCGAUGCUGCUUCCUCCGCCCAUCGUUUCAUGUCUUGCACCGAAUCUGGUGUGGUCUCCCUCCUCGAUCUACGGUCGAAGAAUUGUGAGGUAAGUUGCAUGAACCUCCCACCAUGCGCGGCAAGUAUUUGCAUUUACACUGCAUCAGCAUGCUCAGGAAUGUCCGACGGGGAGGCGGGUUACCCCUUGGCCUAGCUGCUGGCCACUGGGCGUGUCCACGGGUGGUGGAUAGUGGAGCGGCCAUCAGCGAGGGUUGACUGCGGAAUCAGCAGACUCUCGGGCUUGGCGAUUAAGCCGUCAUGGUCAAGCACCGUGCAAGAGCACAGCGUCAGAGAUAGUAGCAACAGCAGAACGAACGACAAUUAUAGGGCGUGCCAGCCAAUCAUCGAUUGAUUGCGCAAGACUGGAGGUGUCUGCUCAGGGCUCUGUACGUCGGCGCCAGAUCGAUAAGUCGGCUGACUGAGUUCUAAUCCGAGGCCCAGGCUUCAAUCCAUUCUCGGCCCGUUUUGUUUCCGGCGUGGGCGAUUAUCCCGGUCACUGCGAUGUUAAACUCAUAACCGUUUCAUAGGUGUGGACGGCCACUUGUGAUAAUUCGUCGCCAUGUCGCACAACCAACUUAUAUUUAUGUAUGCGCGAUUCCAGCAUGCAUUGGAGUUGACAGGGUUUAUAAGUGUCUCAUUAGUUCUUAACAUCCAAAGCACGUAUUUUCGGUAAUUUGUCAUCAGGCCCAUGAAAGCACGUGUUUUGAGUGUCAGUAACAAAUGACACACUUAUAAGCCCUGUCGACUUCUCAUAUUUUCAUUCUCCAUGUACCGGUAUGGGUCUGAGGAGGAAUUGCCGAAAACAAGUGCUUUAAAUAUUAAUAACCUAUGCUGCGCUUCUAAGUAGGUUGCCAGUUCACUUAGUGUGAACAGUCAAUGUAUUGUCAUGAAACAACCAAUCACCGGGUGGGCGGGUUCGGGAAGACGGGUUGCCCGUUAGCCCAGCUGCUGGCUACCUGGCGCGUCCUGGAUAGUGGAGCGCCUUCAGAGAAGGUUAACUGCGGAAUAAGCAGACUCCCGGGCUUGGCGAAUAAGCAGUCGCGGACCAGCAGCGACAGUGCUACCAGGGCGCGGAGGGCUGUCUGUCAUGCUGAAAGUUUUAUAAUAAAGCCGCAAAGCCAGUUGACAUGUCGGCAGUGAACCGCCAUGAAGUAAGUUUGCUUGUCACCACGGCCUUGUGUUUAGUUUCUCGAAUCAAACUGCUAGUGCAACAAUCCUAACGUCUGUUGGAGACCCGUCUGUACUCAAAAUUCCCAAGAAACCGACUACGGUAAUACGGUCCAUGCGUUCGCGGAAAUCGACGUGCUCCUCAACCAGCCAGACUACUCAAUCAGGAACAGACUCUUGGUAUUGGAUGCUGUAAUGUGCAAACGUUGCUGGACCCAAAGUCUGACGGCGCACAGUCUUCGUCAGCGCAGUGUGGAGGUCUGCUGGCUGUCUGCAGUCCAAAUCCCUGACUCAAGUGCUCGGCAAAUAAAGAUCCGGGGAGUCAAUACCCACUUCACCCUGUACGACGGCGACUCUUCUGGUAAGCGAGGUGUGGCGAUCGCCCUCACGCAAUGAGCGAACUGCUCACUACUUGCUUGGGAACUAGUCAGUGACCGAAUGGCCUGUGUGACACUAAUGGAUGAAUUUACCAACAACGCUGUCGUCUCCUUGUACGCACCAACACCAGCCGCCGAACAGCGCGACGAGAUUUCUUACUCGUAGUUGCAAGCGUUAGUUGGAAGACCCCCACUGGGGUCAGGGAUGACCGAACUGGAUCUGGCGGCCCUUCCACCGGUCACCUGAUUAACCGCUUUGGGCUUUAUUCGUGUUUCAACAAUGGUGAGAGAAUCCUGAACAUUGUCGAUCAGAACUGAUUGUCACCAGCAGGUGCUUCCGGCAUCGCCACAAACGUCUGCUGAGCUGAUGUUUAAACGACAGCCAUACGGGCAGUAAGAUUGACUACAUUCUAGUCAGCUCCAAUUUCCGCAGCUGGGUCCACGACAGCAGGUCGGUGUGUGGUGCCGAAACUGGUAACGUCCAUGGGUCUGACCACGGACGGGAAUACAGUGUCGCAACACUUAGAAUUUUCCCCCACCAGCCUGUCUUACGGGCGGACUACUACUACUACUACUACUACUACUACUACUAAUACUACUACUGCUACUACUACCACUACUAUCGCUGUUACUACUAAUACUACUACCACUGGCGGGAAUACAGUGUCGCAACACUGAAUAAAACUUUUUCCCCCGUCUACCACCACUGAUACGGCGAAUACUACUAAUAAUCCUACUAUUAGCACUACUACUACUACCACCGCCACCACGGCUGCCAAUGCUACUCUACCAACGCUUACAGUAUGGGUAACUAACUGCAAUAAUACUAGCAUCAGUAACGGAGUGUUGCGACACUGGUAUCCAACCUGACCACGUUCUCGUUCGCACACACCUGGAAGUUAAUGCCUCAUCUGCGCUCAAAAUGGCGCGUGCAGGACGCCUCGAUACCGCAAAAAUUAGAUAACUUACAACUGUCUUCGCGCUUUAAGACUCGAGCUGGCGAGGAAGGCGAUGGCAUCAGUCCAUAGGGCAGCUGAAAAAUUCCUGGACUCACCAACACCGCAGUGACUGGGUCAGCGGAAGGACUCUCCAGUCGUCUUACCUUGUUUAAUUUCCAAGGAAAUGCGCAAAUUCGGGGGAGAUUCGUCGGAACAGACCUUUUUAGGCUCCACUUGUCUGCCCAGACAGUUAGAGUUCCGCCAACCCCGGAAAUGUCCACAAAGUCGGCAAGGGAUGACUGGAAAAAAGUAUUGGGUUGAAACAGCGACAGCAAGCCUCCAACUUUGUUGCCACGAAAAUCCUACCAAAUUAUCAGUCAAUCUAGUGGUAGGCCCUCGACACUUAGUGACGGCUUUAUUGCUGACAAUUCAGCCAAGGUCGUUCUGUGGUUUGAGCACUUCGAGCACCAUCACAACUUCGAUACCCAACCCACCUCGCCCUUGCUCUCCUCUGCAGCGAAGUUUUGUCCCUUUCUAUGCUGUGCCAUGCGACCCCUCUCCUGCGAGAAAAGUCGCCGAUGAAAUGCAGAAACAGCACAAUAAAAAGGCACCCGGCAAGGACGGUAUUCCCGCUGAAAUCUACAAGUCUCGUGCCGAGACUGACGUUCGGACUCCAUGAGGCGAUUGAGCAAGCAUGGAAAGAUGAGGUAUUUCCCAAUGACCGGGGCUCGGACAUCUCUGUACCCGUCAUUAAGAAAGGAGAUAAGACAAAGUGCGAAAACUACCUCGACAUAAGCCUCAUCGACGUUGUUGUGAAGGUCUUCACUGUUGUCCUCCUCAAACGAUUCCAUCCUGUGCCUGACACUAGGAAGACGCUCAACCAAGCCAUAUUCCGAGCUGGGUAUGGAUAUGCCGACUAAGUAUUCACACUGAGGUUCAUCCUGGAAUUCCACGGUGACUACUGACAACCGACGACCGUCUACUUUGUUGCCUUCGCCGCUGCGUUUGAUCUCAAUCGUGAGUCCCUGUAGCGAAUAAUGGAACCAGAUGGUGCGCCGGCCCAACUAUUGCUCCAUCAUAAAAAGCUCUCUCAACCAUUCGAUAUCUAAUCCGUCGAUCGACAAUGUUGCAUUUUGUCGCCUUCUGUCUGUGAUGUCUCGGGUGGAUGGGGUCGCUACAUCGUUCGGUUUAUCCAUAAACGCUGGGAAGACCAAACUGUUCUCGAGCCGCAUCCCUGACUGGGAGAAGGCACCCCUUGGGAUUUGUGUCUGUUAACUUGAAUAAGUAAGGUUUCCAAUGCUCGGGGACGAUGCAGCUGACCAAUGGACUGUCAUCCGAAUCGAUGCUGCUUGCCGAUAGACCCGACGCGACAUAUCCAUUGCCACAAAUAUCCGCGUGCGCCAUGCAACUGACCGAUCAGUCCUCCACGGUUGUGAAUGUUGGGCUUUGCAUGUAGAAGAUGAGCUAAGACGGGAAGUAUUUGACGACCAGCCGAGCAUUGCGGCUAGGUCUGUAGAUAUUUACAUAGUGGUGUCUAACCAGAACGAUUUGGAUUGUACGUUUACGGAGCAGACAGGCGUUGAGCGAUAGGGCGCAAUUUGCUGUGUAUUGGCAUAUCUAAUUGCUGCUAUUGAUAGCUUUGCAAGGUACGCGAAGAUGCUCUAUAUGUGGCAGUUCACACUCACUGCGAGGAUGUCUCAGGCCAUCCAGAAAAGGCGGCUGAGGUGAUUUGGGGACGUCCUCCGUCAUCACCAUUAGCGUCCUCGAUCUGGUGUCGUUGCCCAUCAGGAGGCAUCGAACAGGAGGUCAACUCAAGGCCUGGCUCAACACGCUUCAUCAAGACAUGGAGGCGGUUCUUGGACCUUCUGUAUUCGGUCGCUGGAGAAGAAAAUGGGUCGAACUGUCCAGAUCCGCUGCCGCAAAUGGUCGUGAAUGGAGGGGUGCAAUACGUGACAUCAUCGAGGCCCGCCAGAUCGGCCAUGAUCGCAGCCGCACCAAGUACAAGCACAUGAACGCUUGAUCAUAGGAGAAACUCCCUCUGUAUGGCGCAGUCCGCAACGAACCGAGUGUGUAAGGGGCAUGAACCGCUACGCCUGUGAUAUGAGAACUAUGUCUAACUGAUGUUUACUGUUGCAACCAAACGGCAGAACCUUAUCGCCAGGCCAAGAAGUUCUUGUCCCGCCGACGUAGGUGGUCGAAUCAGUCCAACGGUCCUCCUUCCUCCUCGUACUCUUCACCUCUCUGCACCUUUACUCUUAAAAAUCCCGGCUUGCCUUCCGCUUACACUGCCAACAGCUUUUGAAACCCACCUCAUAGCCGACAGUUCUAGCAUGAUGUCACUCUGUGUGUGGUUCCACCUCCGGUCUUCUUGACGCUGUCUUGACACUGGGCCCAGGAGGGUGAGGAGGAGAGUUCAGCUCAAGUCGCCGUCCCUGCACCCCCCCCCCAUUCGGUGUGUCGGCAACGACGGUCGACCUGUCGGCAUAAAAUGCUUCUGAUGGGCUUCACUGAAUGGCGCCUAGACCAUGCGUUUUUAACUUCGUCUUGCGCACUAACCAGGUCGGACUUCGCAGUCGGACAACGAGUGCCGGUGAGUUUUGUUGGUUUCCUGUUGGGAGGGCGUCUGCUGUCUCUUCUCCCAUGUCGCAGCCAGUGUCGCAGGCAUUCGUCUUGCUUUUGUUUCCUACCGUUGCGCCGGUUAGCGGCCUUAUUUUCCAAAUCUUGAGGCCCGCAGUUUCUGCUUGCACCUUAUCUGUUUCGUCUUCAGUCGGUCGGGUAGAUGCGUUCCCCCAGGCACUUCGAUUGGUGACCGCGUGUGCCUACUUAAGUCAAAUAAGUAGGCACCCUGUUAGAGUCUGGUUCAGAGGCUUGAGAGGGGAUACGUCAUUCCGUGUCCAACUAACAUGCCGCCUUUUUCUCGCCGUCGAUGGCUUUUUCUGCCGCUCAUUCAAGCCGUUUGGGACCGCAAUCGCCUUCAAGAGGACGUGAAAAUGAACUCGUGACGUCUGCUCUCCAUCACGCUUCGCCAUAUUGCCACUUGCCUGGGCGUUCGCAUAGGCUAGUACGCUUCAACAUGCGAUGGACCUGUGCUCUGAAAACGGACAGCGCUUCUGCGCAUACACUAAGCACUGGCCUGUAUGACAUGUGAUAGAUUGCGCUUUGCGAAGAGGGAGACACAGUCUCUGGAACAAGGAUUUUACUAACCUGACGUUUCGGAUUCUCACACGGAUCCAUCAUCAGAGGCAGAGUCAGGUAGGGGUAGUGGAUUGCCAAGGUGUUGCAGUGUUUAUAGGAUGUCGUUGCCUAGCCGCCGCAUACCUACCACAGUUGGCUGCUCCCGAGUGCCUCACGGCUUGAUUGGCCAGGUGCUGAAGUAUGGAGUUAUUGUGCGCCCGUGUACCGGUCAAGAUUAUCGGCUCUCACGCUCAUCGCGCAUAGUCGAGUUGCUGACUGCUGGUUUUUUAACAUCCGUUUCGACUAUUGGGCAAUUUUGCUCGACACCAGGAAUAGUGGUCAUCUCACAUCUUCGAUUUGACGUUAAGGACGGUACCCCGGCGAUCUCUAUGGAGGAUUGAAACCGAUACCCAAAGCUUUGAUUAGAUGCACUGAGGUUCAGCUGCAAAGUAUUGAAGAACAUGACCGCACUAAUGCGUUUACUGGUGUGCAGUAAGGUUUAUCACUAGUUAUUGUGGGUAUAAAUGUGUAGAUCAUCCGCAGAUGGAGGGAAUUGCACAUCUAUGGCUUACGUUAAUAGCGGGAACACUCAUAUUUAGUGCUGGUCUUGUCACUGGAGCUCAAUGGAUGUGGUCAGUUAUACCAGUGCUACGUAGGCUUCCGUUGCCACAAUUAAAAUCACCUACAAGCCCGCCUCAUCUUUACUUAAAUUAUCCAAAUCAAUGACGACGAACGAACUACCGACUUCCAGCUCGGACACCGCGUUUGCGACUUAAUUCCUUAGUCAACGACAUUGAACAAAACCACAUUUCUCAUCUCCCGUAGUUCUGUUAAGCCCUGCAGUUUAGUUUUUUGAGCAAAGUAUUUUUCGGACGAUUUUUGCAUUUGGGAAGACUGGUUUCAUAUCAAAUCUUAUUUUAGGCCAUUGUUUCGCCGCCGGGUAGCGAAAGCCUCCCACGUCCAGUCAACUUUACAUGCUGUGCUAUAGAGCAUACUUCGCGCUACCUUUGCGCUGGGACAGACAAUGUCGAAGACUGCGCUUUCUCGAGGAAGAGGCAGAAAUUAGAUGUGGACGAGCCUCGGGCCCACAUUCUGGUUUGGGAUGCCCGCCGUCUCUCUCAACCCCUCGCGAUUCUCUCUGAUGUACACUCAGACUGUGUAACCCACCUCUCCUUCGAUAACACUUCGCGGCUGUUGAGCUCCUCGGAGGACGGUCUCGUCUGCAUCAGUGAUGUCACAGUUCCUCCCGACGACGCCCUUCUUCAGGUGAGCCUAUUUGGUGCUCCUUUGGCUAGACAAGGAUGAAGUUAUAAAAUGCGUCCUACUGAUGCCAUAUAAGUAGCCAUUAUUUUUCAACAGGUUUUCAAUGCCGAAGCGCCGGUCAAGUACUGCGGCUGGUUAUCGCCUGCCAAGGCGGUCGACUCCGGCGUCUACAGUUUGAGUAAUAUGCAACUGAAGUUCCAGUGUUGGCCCUGGGUACCCCCGGAGGCAGAAACAUCAGCAAGUGUGGAGGACGUUUGGCGCAAAGUGAGACGCACCUACCACGACAAAACUCUGCUCUCGGCCGUCCGACUGCCCGACACAUUUGCGCGUCUGCCUACGGAACGAGAGAUUCCUGACUUGCCUCAGCAGCCGGUGAUCUGCCUGCUAAGCACAGCUGAUGAUCGUUGCAACCUCAGAGUGUCUCUCUUACGACCGGGCACCUCCACAUACAUUGCGUCGCACGGGAUGCAGUCAAAAACGAUGAGCACAAAGUCGGACAUAUUCUAUGCUGCAUUUCUGGAUUCCAAGCCGAAACAUACCCUAGCCGUCAGUCGGCAUUCAGUUCAUCAUCUUCAAUUGAAUGUUUUUUGGUGA